AUGCUCCCUUCUAUUGAACUUUUCUUGUUGACCUUUCUUGGGCUCACUGCUCAUGCCACGCCUUUGGCAGCACCCAGCCAGGUGCAUCACGUCGAACGCGACGCUGGCUUGAACUCGUUUUUGAGCAUUCUGCUUGCCAAUCUCCCAGCUAUUAAUGAACCCCUAACCGAGGCCACCGGUCUUAUUACGGCAUUUGAUGAGACCCUGGGCACUCUGACUGGUGCUCAAGAAACAUACAAUGAGUUGGGAGGGUCUUGCAAAGAAUGGACCGUUAUUUUUGCUCGGGGUACAGCCGAGCCAGGUAAUUGUGUUUCCGCUUCUGCUCAGGUCGGAGUCCUUGUUGGGCCGCCUUUGUUUGAUGCUCUGGGUGACAAAGUUGGACCUCUCUCACUCACCAUUCAGGGGGUCAAUAACUACUCAGCAUCAGUUGAAGGCUACCUGGCAGGCGGAGACCCGACAGGAAGCUCGGAGAUGGCUCGCCAAAUCGAGGCAGCAAAAUCCCAAUGCCCCGAUACGAAAAUGAUUGCAUCAGGGUAUUCUCAAGGUUGCCAAAUCGUGCACAAUGCAGUCUCUGAGCUUGAAGCCACAACUGCAAGCUGGAUCAACAGUGUGCUGCUCUUUGGUGAUCCAAUGGAUGGGCAGGCUCUUGCGAAUGUUCCAGCCUCUAGAGUAUUCACGUCAUGCCAUUCUGGCGACGAUAUCUGCAACGAUGGAAUUUUGAUUGGCCCUGCUCAUCUCACAUACGCCUUGAAUGCCACUGCUGCUGCCAAUUUUGCAGCGAUGCGCGGCGAAGAGGCAUAG